AUGCUGGUAUCCUUGACUGUGGGCAAGGUCGACGCUGGCGUUGCGGUCUUGUUAACGCAGGACAACCGACUGAUUGAAUUCCCCUCGGUGUUACUCCCUAAAAAUAUCAGCUCCGGAAGCAUCGUCGACAUCAACGUCUCACGGAAUCAUGCCGCUGAGUCAACAAGCAUAGCGAAUUUCCAAUCGCUACAAAAACGAAUCCUCAAUACCUAUGGCCUAGAAACGCCUUCCCCUCCCGUUCUCCGUCUGCGCAAUGCUACACAAACAUCUCUGGUGCUAGAGUGGGAUCCGAUAAAGCUUGCUACAGCCUCCUUGAAAUCCCUCUCACUCUACCGCAACGGGUCCAAAGCAGGAUCGAUACCUCGUCCUUUGGAAAUGCUCAGUACCAAGAUCAGUGGUCUUGCCGUACAUGCCGAAUAUACCUUCCACCUCGUAUUGCGCACAUCAGCUGGAACUUUCCAAUCUGAGAAGUUGACAUGCCGUACUCAUAAGAUGACUGAUCUUUCGGGCAUAACAGUAACCCCGGGGAUUAUGCCUGAACCCCAAAGAGAGGCUCUGGAGCGCGCUGUUGAUCGGAUCGGUGGCAAGCUUAUCGACGCUGUACGAAUUGAUACAACACAUUUUGUUUGCACGGAAGGCCGUGGCCCGGCAUGGGAAAAGGCUGUGGAAAUGAACCUCCCUGUGGUUCGUCCCGAGUGGGUAGAUGCAUGUGAGGCUGAGGGGACAAUCGUUGGGGUUCGGGGUUACUAUUUGAAUGCAGACCCAAAGCAUCGGCAGUUGGGUCCGCGACAAACACCACAACCACAACCACAGCAGCCGCAGCCGCAGCCACAACGGCAAGCUCCUGAACCAGUCGUUCCAGAGACAACAAUAGCACCCACGAGCAGUCAACCAAAUGUAUCAUCACAAUCAGGAGCAGAUCAGGUCUCAGAUGGCCCGCCGACUCCAUUCCCCAGUGGCCCUACAGAAGUCAAUCCAAAUGAGGUUCAACAGGACAACGAACCUGAGCAAGCGCAACCUUCUCCUCCUCCGAAAGACGAGCCUGCUGAAACUACAAGGGGUAGCGAGCAAGAAGAACACAACCAAGUUGAAAAUAACGAGAACGGCGAUGAUAAUGAGGAGGCCGAGGAAGAGGAGGAGUCAACCGAAGUGCCACAUUCCAACCAUGGCAAUGGCGAGGAAAAGGGUAAAGCUCAACAAGAGGGUGUAGGUGAGCUCGAAGAGGUAUCUUUAUAA